CCAAUAUGGCGGAGACCACAGAGCAAAAUGUGCAGCCAAGUUCGAUACAACAUCACGAGGUUGUCAGCAGUGAUAUGGACACAACAAAAGAUCCAGAACAUGCUUCUUCUAAGUCCGUGUCAGAAGGACCCGUUGGAAUGGAAAAAACGAAUGUUCCCCGCGGAGAAGUGAUGUCUUUAAAAGAGUGUUGUAGAGAGGCGUUCGAUAAGAUAACCGAGUAUUUGAAGGGGGAACUGGCUGGUAGGUAGAAUAAAACUUGUUCCAUUGGAUAUUUUUGUUUAUUUUAUACGGUGCAAAAUUUAACGAGCAAUUUAGAAUGCCUGGCCUCUUAAAUUAUUCAUUUGUAAACUGAUUUGACCAAGUUUUUUGACACAAUUGAUAAAGCAGGGUUCGUAUAAAACGUACAGGUCAUGGAAAACCUGGCUAGUCAUGGAAUUUAAGAAUUUCAUUUUCAAGGCCUGGAAAGUCGUGGAAUUUAAUUUUCGGUCCUUGAAAGUCAUUGAAAAUUAAAGUUUUGUUUGGUAGAUUAGUUACUACAGAUGAUAAAGCAAGGAUAAUAUAAGAUAAAGAGGAGUAAUUAUACAGCGAGAAUGACAUGCAGUUUGGUGGAUACCAGCGUGUGAGGUUAAAAAAUAUGCUAAAAGUAGAGUUCUGAAAAUUUUCAAAAGUGGUCAUUAUUUGUAUUUUGUGGUAAAUCAAAUAAAGUUACAAAUAAACUUAAGGUCAUGGAAAACUAGAAAAGGUCAUGAAAAAAGUCAUGGAAAGUCAUGGAAUUUGAAGAACUCGAAAGAAUAGGAACCCUGUAUUUAAGGCUCCUUUUGUUUUUGCAAAUUUCAGGUUCACUAGAGGACUACGUUCUUCUAGAGAAAUUGAAUAAAAUGACAGUCACAAAGUACAGUGAAAUGUCCAACACUACCAAGACUCUCAUCACAGCCAUGGAGGAACUGGAUAAGAAAUGUAAGUUAAGGGUAUGUACGUAUGUAUAAGAUUUGUUCAUGUUGGUGAUCACAGCCGUAACAAAAUAGAUCAAAUUUUGUCAUCGUGCAUUGUGCAUAAGAAGCCAAUAAACAUACAUCGAGCCUGUAUUUCAUUGAUGGUGCAUAGAUCGUGCCUUCAUGGUACCUCUAUUGAGCUUUACCCAUGCCUUCAUCAAGCCUUCUUCAAACAAUGUAUCAUUGAUAUAUCAUCUGAGGAAAAACUAUGGUGUUGAAAAGAGAAAUAAUGAAUAACAAUAAACUGGGAUAUUUAAACUUGUAAGAAAGGCAGUUUUGUAUUAAUGAAGCAUUAUUUUUCAACUUCAAGGGUUGAAUUUAUGAGUACAUUCUGUUCUAAAGGUGUUAACAUGUUUCUCUCUGUGAGCCUAAAUGAUUAUUGUGCUUAAAUGGCACCUCAAGGACAAAGGGACAAUGCACGAAAUGACAAAGAACAAUAAUUGAACCUCUAUGCACAGUUAUGUAUCGUGCAUUGGGAAUGUGGUGCAUUAAAAAUUAUGGUAUUUUCUAAUGCUAAAAAGGUGUUUUUCAUUUAAUAACCAUGAAAAUGCAGCAAUAAAUUUUAAGCCUAGGAGAAACUUUGGUAAAUGUGCAUCUUGAAAAGCUUUGUCUAUUCUGGUCCGUAUGGUUUUUAUUAAUAUUGUAGAGUUAAGUGAGAUUGAAACUUCAUAAUUUUUGGUAAAUAGUAGGGCAAAAUUGCUUCUUUUAACUACCCUACAUUUUGUUAACAACAAAAUAAUUUCUUUAAAUCAAAGCUUUAUGCAGAAAAUAUGUUCUCUCUGUAAUACUCAAUGAUUGCAAAGCAACCUCGCCAAAAAUCAAGUUUUUAUACACGAGUUUAGAGAAGCUGUAAUGUUCAGUAAAUGUAUUGUAAGUCCAUUUUUUACAAAAAGGUGGUCACCAACGUUUGUGCAUAUGGCCAUAAUUUGAGGGGCCAGGAAAACCAGAGGACCAAAAACAAAAACAAAAACAAAAAAACUUCUGAGCAAAGGAGAGAACCAACAACAAACUCAAUCCAAAUAUGAGACUCUCUUAGGGGGGAGUUUACGGGGGCGGGGUUUAACGUAUGUCCCUGGUCUGAAUUUCAAAUAUGGUUGUUUUGUGUUUUGUGAAGUAGGCCAUGUCCUUGUUAGUAUUUAAACCAUCUUUAUCAUUAUUGUGUCACUGUUUCAUCUAGUCUUAUUUUGCUGUUUUAAAGCCAUGUUGACCGUUGGAAUUUUAUUUUGUCGUAAGGUUUUCAAAAUCUCCUUCACUAUUAUACAGUAGAACCUACCUUACAACCACCCUGUUUAUACAACCACCUCAUUAAUGCAACAGCUUCACCUCAUAAAUACAACCAUAUUCUUUUCCCCCAAACGUAAAAAGUACCGAGUCAUUUUUCAUUAUUAUUUUGAUAACCCUGUAUAAUUUUUUUACGACCAACUCAUUAUUAUGACCUGGAUUUUCCAGCCCAAAGAUGGUUGCAUUGAUGGGUUCUAUUGUUUGUAAUGCACAUCAUUCUAUAAUAAGAACAACAUUUGUGCUGUAGUUUUCACAUUUUUAACUCGAAAUAUGCUUUUUUACUACAAAAAAAUUGUUUUCCAUGGCUAAUGUUAAUUUUUUGUAAUAUUUCUUUGAAGAUAAAAGUCUGGAGCCAUAUUUGGAGCAGAUUGACAAGGUGGAAGAAAGUGUUGCCAGCCUUGAACAAGCUGCAUACAGACUAGAUGCUUAUUCCAAGAGAUUAGGUUUGUAUUUUUAAAAAACAAACACUAAGUCUAUUGUCGUGUAUGACUUUGCAAUCAAGAAAACCUGCAGUGCAAUAUUUUGCAUACCAGUAAUAAUGUGAAUUACUUUGCAUGAAUUUAUGCAACUAAAUGCUCAUCUUUGACAUGGCUGAGGGUGUUCAUGCUGUAUCUUGGACUAUGUAUGAAUUUUUAAAUUUUUUGGUGCAUCAGGUUUGCUGGUCUGAAAUUCCUAUUUUAUGAAGACUUCAUUAAGCAUUAAAAAUGCAUCAAAAUUCAAACAGUUAAACUGCCACCAUUAAAAAAACAUUAAAAAACGAAGAGAAGGUAUAAAUAGCACAGCAAUUAGAAAAUGAGGCACAGAUGGACCUGUAGACUUGAAGAAGAUUGAAAUGGAUUGCAAUUUUUGGUUUUGAAAACUUGUCUGCUAAUAAGACGUCUAUUUUAUGGCUUCCUGUUUGGGGGACUGGAAACAAGUGCAGGACCACGAUUUGACAGUCAUUUGACAGGGGUCAAAAAGGGAGAGUUUUUAUUGGCUCAUGAAAACAAUAGCACAUCACAAAGGCUUUCAAUGAAAGUGAAAUCAAAUGUGCCAUGUUGAAAAAGUUUAUUCAACAAGCAUUGACUCAGACACUGAACUUCAAACAUGAGCCAAACCAAAAUUAAAUGUAUAAUGUAUUGUUGAAAAAUGAGCAUCAGUUUUUUCCCUUUUGAAUUUUGUUUGGCUGAGAUAAAGGUCAGUAUCUGAAUCAAUUUAAUUGGUCUUGUUUUUAACACAAUGUAGUAUUGUCCUAUAAGAGUGGUUAAAAAUUUUUACCUUUUUUUAUUGCAGAAGCCAAAUUCAAGAAGCUGGAGAGAAGAUAAAAUUGAAGGAUUCAAAAACAGUAUUUUUUGGAUAAAAAUUGUAUCACUGGAAGCUCACAUUAUGGAAAGAGGAUGUGCUAUUACUACUACUACAUGUAACUCUGUUAUUGAAAGGUUAAAGUAUAGGUCAGACUUUGGUAUAGAGUUGUAAGUUACAUGUAGCUACUGAUUAAGAACUUUGCCUCUAGCAGAAUAGCCAAACUGUUGGUAUGAUAUUGGUAACCUUAAUAAGACAGAAAACAGUGUUUAAUAUAGGUCACAAAAUGACAAUGGCAGCGUUUUUAAAAAUAAUGCACAGAUUGCAUUAACAUGUACAUGUGUAGCCUCCUUUACAGUUAAAAAUUCUUUCGACUUUGUCCUGCAUAACUUCUGAUGAUGCCUUGAGAAUGUCUAUGUUGGAGGCUGCCAUCAUAUUAGAGACGUUCAGUUUUAAGUAAUAUUAUUGUAUGGCCUUGGAUAUGAUAACAAUGUAUUUCACUUCCAAUUCACUUCCUUCUAAACCAUACAACCAACACACAGGAUUGGGACUAAGCCUUUAUUAAUAAUCAUGAAAACUUUACCUAAAUACAACUUUUAAAAUAGAAUAAAAAGGAAAACUAACACUUGGAACAUAAAACCUGAUGACACUACACCACAAUGGACUAAUAAACAAAAGUACCGUAGAAGUCCUGUAACCUGAGCUCUGAAGGGAAACAAAAAACUGUUCGACUUAUUGGGAUCGAUUAAUAUUCAAUUUGCCACUGUUAACAAAUUAUUGAUAGUUAGAUAAGGUAUUUUUUCCUUUCAGAAAAUAAUAACACUAUUUAAAAACAUAAAUAGCCUAGAUUUGUGCAACAGUGUACAAAUUUAUACCAUUUAUGUAUAGGCUGCGUGCUUGUUCUUUUUUGCCUCCACUACUUCCAAGUGCCUGCUAUGCUAUGCAAGCUAAUUUAUGUAAGAACCUAUUUAGGCUAACUUGGGAAAAUGCAGGUUCUUAGUUGUGGGUUUUUACCGUACUUAGAGCAUAGCAAUACGAUCAACUUUCAUGUAGCAAAUUGUUCUCUUCCAACAGCCAAUCUUUCUAUCUAUUUUAGUGUGUUUUAUGACAGCUCUUUGUAUUUUUUACAGUAAAACCUUGAUAACUCAAACUCAGAUAACUCGAACUUCCCGCUUACUCAAACUAAGUUAUAUUUCCCUAGGAUUUCACCCCACUUCUCAGCCAUUUUUACUCGAUUAACUCAAACUCGGAUAACUUGAAUGCCCCGCUAACUCAAACUAAAUUUCCUUUGCCCUGGUCAAAAUUUAAGUGAAAUUUACUUCAAUAACUCUAAUUCUAGUUCUUGUAACCCCACUUGGAUGCCGUUUAAGCUCCAUUUCAUCAUUCCAUAAGUAAAAACACUAAAACUAACCCUACAGCAAUUCGACUUUGACUAUAGCAAUGAACAGUUCACGUUUUAUCAUAAAAGUGCAUAAUGAUGUCACCGUUUUCUUAUGAAAUAAGUAAAUUUGCACUGCACUAUACAGGGAUAAAGAUACAAUGUCCCCAAAGAAGAUGCUGAAUGUUGACUUAUCUUAUUUGCCCAAGUGUUCAGAAUUUUUUAAAAUAAAUUUUAGAAAAUAAGAACCUGUUUCAAAUUUUAAGCUAAAUAGGUUCUUGUAAUUAGAGGGGGCCUAAUAUUAACCUGACAAAUUUUGGCCUAACAGGUUCUUUAGGUCUUGUUCCCCUGUUUUUAAAGUCUGUACUCACCUCAAGUGCAUAUAAACCAGUAAGAGGUAUCCUUGCGUUUCCCUACCAAUCUUCAUAGAAACAGUACUUUUACACUUAUGCUGUAUAUGAAUAUUUAGCAAUUAAUGAAUGAGGCUCAGUAGGAUAUGAAGAAUUAAGCAGAUCGAGGAGGGUGUUAUCGGCCGAGGUGGAUAACACACUCAACUUACGUCAACUCAAGAGAUCCGGAGUAGCACCAAGUGAACUGGUGCAAUUCUAUGUGACAUGUAUUAGGCCCGUCCUGGAAUACGCAAGUCCUGUAUUCCAUCGGUCUCUACCAAACUACAUCGGUGAAGAUUUGGAACGGAUCCAAAGAACGGCUUUCAGAAUCGUCUAUCCUGACCUGUCAUAUAGUGUAGCACUAGAAACAGUUGGCCUACCGAAACUUCAUGAGAGGAGAGAAAAGAUUUCAAUCGAUCUGUUUGACGAGAUCGUCUGUAACCCCACCCACAGUCUCCAUAGCCUCCUCCCCCAAUGGAAGAGUUGUAAAUAUGCACUGAGACGCAAAAGUGAUUUCACUCUCCCCCUAUGUAAAACCGAGC